AGAAAACGCCCUGGGUGCGCUGCUCAACCAGCACCAGCACCACUUGCAGCACUUCUCGGGCGGAUCGGUGGGGUCCGGGGUGCCGAACGGGAUGCAACAGCACGGCGGCAACAUGUUGCAGCACAACAGCAAUGCCAGCAGCCUCCUCCUCGACCACUCCGAAUUGGGUUUGGUGGGGGGAUUGCCACAUAGCAAUCACCCGGAUGAGGGCAACCACAGCCUGGAGGGCAGCAAUAAAUCCCCCAUGGAGGCGCCCCUGGCCAACAGCAACAACAACAACAACAACAACAACGACAACGACGACGAGGAUGUCAUCGAUUGAAAAGCUCUAACUUAAAUCACACUAAAAGGCAGCCUAGCCCUAAGCAUUCAUAAAUAAUUUUAGAUGUUUGCCUAAACUAAAGAUAAAUAAUACGAAAAAAGAAGAAGCUAGAGAGAGGAGUCCCCUAUCCAAAGAUACAAUUUUUUGAAGAACAAUAAUUACAUUUACCAAAAAGGGAGCCCCGAAUCGCUGGGUAUCUCCAAUUUAUUUGCGUUGAGAUUAAAUGCCAACUACGUUCGAUCGACCCCAAAACCAGAAAUUAAGUGUUUUUGUAAAUAAAAGCAAAUAUCUAGUUGUAAGAAGCGGAAACCCUAACUAAUCAAGCCAAAUAGCCAGCCCAAAGAACAUAUAGUCACUCCUAGUUCCACUUUCAGUUCCCCAUCGUAUAUCGUAUAUAUAAACCAGAAACGUAUCAAGAUUGUAAACAGCUAAGGCAAAAAAAAAAAAAGGAAAGCUAAAAUAAAAACGAAAACUAUAUCAAGCCGUAGCAGUUUUUAAGGAGUUGUCUAGUCGUAUAGAAAUCCGAAGGACACGCGCAUAUGGCAUAUACUUGUCUGUCUGUAUAUGUACAUGUAUGUCCCCACUAAAGAGCCCCGUAUAAAUAUAAACUAUUUAAUAAUUGUACACUUAAUAUUACUAGUUAUAGAAAUUGAAUCAAAAGAACAAUAAAAAUUAUGGAAAAAAAAA